AUGAGAAAUAUAGACUCUGAUUUCCUUUUGAACAACAAAAGUCUACUUGACCACAAGAAAUGUGUAUUUGUGGUAGGAGCGGGGAUUUCCGUGGCUAGUGGAAUUCCAGACUUCAGAUCUCCAACUGGAAUCUUCGCAUCGCUCAGGCAGCAGCUAAGAAUAAAUGGCAGACAGCUUUUCACAUACAACUUUGGAAUAAAAGAGGGAAGCAGACAGAUAUAUCUCAAGUAUAUUAGUUCUCUCAAAAGACUGUGCGACAGUUCCCAUCCAAACGUGACACACCACUUUCUAGCAAAUUUCCCCAAAUCUCGAACAUAUACACAAAACAUUGAUGGACUGGAAGAGAGUGCAGGAAUGGCAUUUACAAAGAAGGAUGGUACAAAGGGUGUUUAUUUGCAUGGAAACUUGUCUUUUCUAGUUUGUCAGUACUGUGGAUUCAGGAAAAAGUUUAACGAGGCUGAUAUGAAAAGCUUUGAGAAUGGAGAUGAAAUAGCAUGCAGCGAAUGCAGCGAGCGGCGGACAAAUUGUAUGAAGAAUGGGCAACGAAAACGCCCUGUUGGGGUACUGCAUCCGGGAAUUAUUCAUUAUCAGCAGAUUCACCCUGAUGGUGCGUUUAUAAGCAAAAUAUGCGAGAAGGACAUGGACUGUGAUCUUUUGAUAGUUAUAGGGACGAGCCUGGCAGUUGAAGGAGUUAAAAAACUUGUAAAAAUGUUCUGCAAAAACCAAGCCAGUGAGGGAAAAAGAAUACUAGUCAAUCUGACAAAGCCCAGUAAGGAAUGGGGCGAUUAUUUUGACUAUUUCUACGAAGGCGACUGUGCAGAAUUUGCUAGGACCGUUGGGUCAUUUGUAAAGAUGCCCAAAUUUGUAGAUAAAAUUCAGAAAAAGGACAUUUCUAAAGACAAAUGUGAUCUUAUCCCAAAUCGACCAGCUGUCGAGCAGGCUAUUAAACCUGAUAACAAUGACUGUGUUACAAACCAACAAUCAUCUAAGAUUGUUUCUGAUGAUAGCUGCAUUGAUACUCAGCUUAGGAGAAUGUCUAUCGCAAAUGAUGAUGCAGCUCCAAAUACGAAUGGCAAGUCUAGCCUUAAAUCUCUUGAAUCAAAGUUAGAAGUAUUAUCCCAAACAUUUAGUGACGAGGAAGCAAUAUGCCAGCCUGUUUUGGAUGAGCUACUUGAAAAUGCAGCAGAAGCAGAAGUUCAUGCUUCGUUUUGCACAGACUUACAGGACGAGAUCGAAAAUAUUGUGGCUGAACAUGCAAGUGAAGAAAAACCCAUGACACCUAAGAAAAAGAAGUCUAGAAAAAAUAGGAGAAAGUAA